AUGAAUAAUAGUUUUAUUCAGUUGUACGCCUUGAGGAGAAUAGGGUGUUCAAAAGAUCAAUUCUUCAUUGAAUUUUUAGUGUUUAGCAUUUUUCUAGGUUAUACUGGUGAAGGUAAAAAGUCAUCUAUUCUGUCUAUACCAAGUAUGGCUUAUUGUCUGAGGCAAUCGACUUUCAGUCAAUGGAUCCUGGGGUUGAGUUCAGCUUCUACUAUUUCACUUCAACCGCAUAUAAGUAGUAUCACCAGUCCUCAUGUAGUAGUAGGUUCGAUUUAUUGCUGG